AUGAGCGACCUGGACAAAGCCAUCGCACAGCUUCGAGCCUGUCGUCCCAUACCAGAAGCCCAAGUCCGCGAGAUAUGUCAUAAGGCACGCGAGCUACUAAUAGAAGAGGGAAAUGUCGUCACAGUCUGCGCGCCGGUCACAAUAUGCGGCGACAUACACGGGCAGUUCCAUGAUCUAAUGGAACUCUUUCGAGUGGGUGGCGAUGUGCCGGACACCAACUACCUGUUCAUGGGUGAUUUUGUCGACCGUGGCUUCUACUCUCUCGAAUCGUUCCUCCUCCUCCUCUGCCUCAAAGUUCGCUACCCCGAUCGCAUGACCCUCAUCAGGGGCAACCACGAGUCCCGACAGAUCACGACCGUCUAUGGGUUUUACGACGAAUGCUUGAGAAAAUACGGGAGCGCGAAUGUGUGGAGAUACUGCUGUGAUGUCUUCGACUAUCUCGCCUUGGGCGCGAUCGUUCUUGGUGCCUCGAACACCCUAUAUCCCGCCAGCGAAAGCCCCUCGGCGCAGGAGUACUUGGAGCAGAACACUGAGAUCGAAGUCUGUAACGCGGAUCGGGAUGUCAUCAGCAGGUUCCCACGCCGGAACCUGGAGGGCGAGGAGCAGAAUAAGAGCCCGAACGGCGCGGCGGCAGCCACUGGAGACAAGACAGGCCCUCCGGGAUCAGGUGCGUCGGGGUCGAGCGGCGGGUCGAUCGGCAACCCCGCAGGCGCAGUGCUGUGUGUCCACGGUGGCCUCAGUCCGUUGAUAGACACGGUGGAUAAAAUCCGUCUUCUUGAUCGGAAACAGGAGGUCCCCCAUGAAGGAGCGAUGUGCGACCUGCUUUGGUCCGACCCGGACGACAUCGACGGCUGGGGUCUUUCGCCGCGCGGCGCAGGGUUUCUGUUCGGCGCGGAUAUUGUCAGGCAGUUCAACAACAAGAACAACUUGUCGCUGAUCGCGCGUGCGCACCAGCUGGUUAUGGAAGGAUUCAAGGAGAUGUUUGACACGAGCAUCGUCACAGUCUGGUCGGCGCCCAACUACUGCUACCGCUGUGGCAAUGUGGCAGCUCUACUGGAGCUGUCGGAGGACGAGUCCGGGCUCGGCACGUUCUCCCGCAGCAAUGGCGAUGUGAACAGGAGCGACGGCGGGGCGGCGGGCAGGGCGCCGCUGAUGGAGGGUCAGAUAGCACCGCCGACCGUCGGACCGGCGAGGCGGUACCGAGUGUUUCAAGCAGCACCGCAGGAUUCAAGAGGCAUGCCGGCCAAGAAGCCAGUGGCUGACUACUUCUUGUAG